AUGUAUGUAGCUAACCAGUAUCUUCGGUCAUGCAUCCACAGUGGAGUGAUGAUUUUAGUGAUUUAUUAUCGAAUUGCCGAUUACCCUGUCCCAGUUGCGAUGCGCAGAGAGGAUGCAGGUGUUGCGGCAAAGAGCAGUCCAGAACCUGCACCAAUAGUACUUAGAACGAAGUUUCCAGAGACAUGGCUGUUUGAUUACUUUGAGAUUAGCUCCAACGGCGAAGCAGUUUAUCAGUCCUUGGCACCAGACACAAUCACAUCAUGGGUGGCAAGCGCAUUUGCCAUCAACGACAACUCCGGAUUGGGUGUCGCGCCGACCACGUCCAAGUUGCGAGUGUUCCGUCCAUUUUUCAUCCGCUUGAAUUUGCCAUACUCAGUGAAACGUGGCGAGAAGUUUGCUUUACAAGUGUUGGUGUUCAACUACAUGGAAAAGGAACAAGACGUUACGGUCACGCUCAAACACGAUGACAGCUCUGGUUUCGACUUUUUGAAUAAGGAUGGCAGCAUACGGAAAAGUCGUGACACUUCUGAAAACUACAACAUUCGUGUUGUGUCUGUACCGGGUGGUGGAGUGUCGAAAGCCGUCUACUUCCCCAUUGUGCCAACCGAGAUAGGAAUGGUCAAGCUGACCGUCACGGCUCAAGCAGCCCAAGCUGGCGAUGGCGUAGAAGAACCGCUACGAGUUGAGCCCGAAGGCUAUCGUGUUGAUCGUAACGUGCCGGUGGUGAUCGACCUCAACAAUGCCACGGAUUUUGAAAAAGUCGUGCAGAUGAUGUGGCCAAGCGAUGUCGUGGAGGGCUCACAGAAAGCACGAUUCGAAUUAGUCGGGGACAUCAUGGGACCAGUGCUGUCAAACAUCGAAGGCCUUGUACGUAUGCCUUACGGAUGUGGGGAACAGAACAUGCUUAAUUUUGUUCCAAAUAUUGUCGUGUUACGCUACCUGAAAGCCACCAACCGAGCUGAGCCUACCAUCGAAGCGAAAGCAGUGAAAUUCAUGGAAGCCGGUUAUCAACGAGAACUCACCUACAGGCGUAACGACAACUCAUUCUCAGCAUUUGGCGAGAGCGAUAAGUUUGGAUCGACGUGGUUGACAGCAUUUGUUGUUCGAUCAUUCGCUCAAGCUCGCGCUUACAUUUUUGUCGACCCUACCGUACUCACAAAAAGCAUCGCAUUCCUUAACGGGCAACAAAUGGAAACUGGAGCUUUCGCGGAACACGGUGAAGUGCACCACAAGGAUAUGCAGGGAGGAGCCAGUGAGGGUGGUAUCGGUCUCACGGCGUAUGUUGUGGUAGCGUUGCUUGAGAACGGGAUUCGCAACGACAACGGUAUCGCUUUUCUGGAAAAGCACCUCGAUGACCUGAAGAACGACUCGUAUGCGUUGGCGGUUACUGCGUAUGCGCUGCGAUUGGCCAAUAGCGAUAAGAAGAAGGACGCCUUGGCAGCUCUCGAGAAGUUGCAGAUUGUUGACAAAGAAAAGUAA